GGGAGGCGAGACGUGCCCGGGCUCGGGGAGCCGGAGCCGGGAGGCGAGACGUGCCCGGGCUCGGGGAGCCGGAGCCGGGAGGCGAGACGUGCCCGGGCUCGGGGAGCCGGAGCCGGGAGGCGAGACGUGCCCGGGCUCGGGGAGCCGGAGCCGGGAGGCGAGAGGAGCCCGGGCUCGGGGAGCCGGAGCCGGGAGGCGAGACGUGCCCGCAGCUCGGGAACAGGAGCCGGAGCCGGGCGGCGAGUGGAGCCUGGGCUCGGGGCCGCGGACGGCUGAUUAGAGGACGGGGCCCGGUGCGCGGCCAGGCUGCCAUUCCCAAUUGAUCACCACAGAAGUUACCAGAUACAUUGAAUAUAGCAACAAUUCUACAGAUGCCAUCCAGAAUGCAAAAUAUGGUUGGAAGAUACAUACAUGAUUGAGCUACCAGCUUUUGAAGGGACUGUUCUAAUACCACCAAUCAGACUUCCCCUUCUCCUGAUACCGUCCAAUGCAAUGACAGGAAAAGCAAUACCUGCUCACUUCUCACCAUCCAGAUCCCCAAAUUAAAUUGCCCGUGUGGUAACAGGCCCUUCUGGUCCAACAAGUCCACGCCGCCCAUUUCAAACCCAAAUUAACCUACCCAUACGUCUUUGGAAUGUGGGAGGAAACCAGAGCACCCGGAGGAAACCCACGCAGACACGGGAGGACGUACAAACUCCUUACAGACAGCGACGGGAAUCGAACCCUGAUCGCUGGCAUUGUAAUAGCGUCGCGCUAACCGCUAUGCUACAGUGCCGCCCUAAGAUGAGGGAUUUUUUUUCUCUCAGAGCAUUGUGAAGUGAAGGAAUUCUAGAGCUUGUGGCCCAACCAGCCGUAAGCAUGGCUACCGAUGGGGAGGUGCCAUGGGCCAGAAUUGGGGAGUCUGAAUUUUUCCAGGAGUUAUGGGGCUGCUUCAGGGGAGGUGAUACAAAAAGGAAGAAGCGAAAAAAGAUGACUUUGGUGGAAUUGAGCUAACACUGGAUUAUGAACAAAUGUAGUCAGGGCAAUUAGUAAUGGGUUCAGUCACUGUGAUAUUUAGUUGAAGGGAAUUUUUACUGAAUGUCAGUCAAGAAGUGCCACAAAUCAGAGGUAACGGAGUUGUCAGGAGGAGUGGUGGGAAGGCAGGACUGAGUGUGGUUGGAGCGGAUGUGUAACCUGGCAUUCUUUGGUUGAUAUCAACAGGAGGAAGAAGAAGGGAGCAAGGAUAGACAUUUGUAAUGUAAAAGUAAACAUGCAGGAUUGAGAAGAAAAGAUAUUGCAGCUCAUCUGGUGGUCAGGAUAGAAGCAGGCUUAUGAGGAUCCACUGAGAAUUCACAAAUGGAAGGUAUACUACGAUGCUGGAAAUGUCGAAGAUUUGUAUUGGAUGUUGGCAGUUUGUCCCUUUCACAGAGGACAGAGCCAUCCAAGAUACAGAAGUGCCAGAACUGCUGUCCAUUUCCACAGCAGGAUUCUGCUGAGGAACCAGCUGGGCAAAUCAACUGUACAGUUUGGCAUGUGAAGUUAGAGGCUGUCCCAGAGUGGAUAAGAAAAGAAAUAGAAAAGUCAUGGUGGACAAUUGGGAAGCUGAACUGCCAGCACUGUGGGGCCCGUCUAGGGGAUUUUAAUUUUGUUUGCCCUGCCAAAUGCCCUUGUGGGCAGACAGUGACUGUGCAUAUCUGCAAGAGUCGGACUGACUAUGAGCCGCCACAUUUAAUCAGAAUCAGUGAGUCUGCAGAGGUGAAAUCCUUGCGGAAACUACAAUAUAUGCACAUGGUAGAAACUGUAAAGAAGAUGGAGCAUGGGAUAGAAAACAGCUUGUUCUGCUACAGGCAUAAAGAAUUUUUACACCAUUCGAAAAAGAUGGAUCGUGAACGAAUGACUGAUGCACUUUGCCUGGAGGCAAGAUCACACAGCAGAGGAAUUGUAGAAGUUGACAGCAAUGAAUUUAACUUCAAAGCAGCUUAUCCACAGCCAUGCUCUUCUGCUUCACAGCCAGUGAGAGCCAGAUGUGCAGUGAAAGGUUUUCAUAAAAAGUCUUUCAGUCUGGAUUUUAACAGCACAAGCUCAAAGGAUGCAUCUGUUAGUUUUUCUACUAUUCAUGGAUUGUGUCCACGAUCUUCUUCUUGUGGACUUAUAAUGAAUCACAUAGAUGAGGCUUCUGGUCCAAUACAGCAGAUUCCACUAGCAGAAGAUACUAAUCUGCAACUACCUGCAAGGGAAGAAUUAAAUGGAUCUCUCUUUCAUAAUCAGUGCAUUAAAGAGUCUGAUUUUGCGUUGAGCCCUCAAUCGUACCAUAAUCAUCCAGUUGAAGAAGAACGCAUCGAACCUGGUCCAUCUGUGCCAAGACACUGUAGGAGCAAAGCUGCUCAUGUUUCCCCCAUUGUUAGAGGUUGGUCCCCUGACUCAAGUACUGAAACAAGUGAUGCAGAAGAGUGGGAGGAAGGACAUGAAGCAGGUACAAGCAAUCCUCGUGAUGAUUCUGCACCAUGCAUUCCCUUAUUGUCCACUGUAGGUGAUAGACCCUUGAGUAAAAGACAGAGAAAUAAACUUAAGAGUUUGAAGAGGAAACAACGAAAAUGGCAGCGAUGGCAUCAGUGCAAACUGAAGGAACAAAAACAGGCCUCCAGUUCAAAUCUGACCACUUCAGAUGAUGAUGAAAUUAAGUGGGAGAAGGAAGGCUACAUUUGUGCCGUUUGUCUGGAUAUUUUCUUCAGUCCUUACAUGUGCUACCCAUGCCAUCACAUCUUUUGUGAACCUUGUCUUCGGACCCUUGCAAAAGACAACCCUACAAGUACGCCAUGCCCUUUGUGCCGUACCAUCAUCACAAGAGUCUUUUUUCAAACAGAGUUGAAUAACACCAUGAAAAGUUUAUUCUCUGAGGAGUAUUUAGCCAGAAGACAAAGCUUUCAAAAAGCAAGCUGUGCAAAGUGGCCAUUGCCGAGCUGCAGGAGACUGAUCAAAGUCUUGGGAGGUUUUGGAAGGCGUCCAGAUCCUGUUGCAAGAAGACAAUUCCCUCAUGGUGCCUACAGGCUGGAUUUUGAAGAUGACAAUCGUGGCUGGAGAUUUGAUAUGGACAUGGUUAUCAUUUAUAUCUAUUCUGUUAACUGGGUCAUUGGGUUCAUUAUUUUUUGCUUUCUUUGCUACUUUUUCUUUCCAUCCUUUUAAAUGGGUUUAUUAGGACAUUGGUAACAUGAUAAUAAUUCAAGCACAUAAUGCUGAUUGGUAAGUUUAGAAGAAAUUUCCUGAGAUAUUGCAUAUUAAAGGUUGUCCAGGAAUACGAUGAAGGUAUGUCUGAAGGAAUGAGUUAGCAAUAUUCUUUCCAGCUGUGGUUACCUUAUGUAGUCUUAACCAAGAGCCUUGAAAGCCAAGCUGCCAUUAGUGGAGUCUACAGAGCGUAGCCAAUGCAAUUUAUUCAGUAUUCUGUUUCCAUGAAAUUGAACACUAUUUGGACGUUGUUCAAAAACUUAAAUGUAACCAACUCAAAACAUGAUUUACUUAUUCCAUUCAAUGGUAUUUUAUUUCCACUGCCAAGAAGAUAUUGUGUAAAGAUUAAUACUGGAAGUAACUGGGGAUAGUCCAGAAUACAUUCUAUAUAAAGCAAGAAUUGCAUGUGAUUUCAGACAAUUAUAUUAAACUUUUGCUUUCAUUGGUUCAAGCACACUCUUCAAAGUUAGCCUUAAACCUUGAGCAGGAUAUUGAUAAUUUUCAAAUACCCUGAACAAAAAUGGAAGAAUAUUGUGGCCAAUUUAAAAUCACAUUUUUAUUUAAGUCGUAGUGUAUUACUUAUUUUAAUAUAUAGUUGUAAUUAAAUUGUAAUGCUUGAUUGAAUAGAUGUCAGAGCAGUUAUAGUCAAUAAUUGUAUUUUAGUUAUGUUUGUUGAUAGAUAUAUCCAAAUCACAACUUUUUUCAUAAUAAGAAUGCUCGCGAUUUGAAUUUAUCCUUAUCAGUGUCUUUGACAAUUGUUUCCUUUCUCUAUUUUGAUUUUUCCACUAAUUGUAAUUACUAAAAGCUUGAAGAAGGAUCCUUGAUGACCUUGUAAUAAGCAUUGCAUUCCAUUGUGCCAUUUUGGUAACAAUAGAAUCUAUGAAGCCAGUUUUCAUACAGGAUGUAUCCCUCUCCUUCAGGAUGGGUAAAUGUUCCCUCGUGGAUCCCUGUGACAACUAUUAUUGAGAAAAGUACAAAAACUGGGAUGAAUUUGGGCACGGAUCUAAAAUUACCUUACAACAUGACUGUCUGCUAGUGGCACUACCAAAAUUACUAUGCUUGCUUGACAAGUGGGGAAAUCUGGCACCAUAGCUGUGUGUCAGAGGUGCACUGUCCAGAGAAAAACUGAAAAGCGCUGGAGCUUCAAAUAUAUGUUGUCAUAGGUAGACCCUUCCUGUGCAGCAUUGUCUGGUCACUUGCUUCAUUUGUGCCACACUGUCACUCCAAUGAAUUCCUGGGUUUCUUAUAUGGAGACAUUGUGAAGUUUUUUUUGGUUUCCUCUUACUCCAUUUAAUAUUUUACUUUUUAUUUAACUUUCUUUACUUUUCUCUUUUAAUCACAUAUGGAGCUUUAUGUAUUUGCAAUACUGAUCCACUUUUUGGACAGACAUACCUUUUGAAAAUUCAGUCGUUGUCAGUAAGCUAAGGAAGGAGGAACUGUCCCAAGUGAUGAUUAGAGAAAGCUCCCUUGAGGUGUUUAUUCCAGUUACCCUUGUAGCUGGGUUCUGAGAUCCUACCAGAGCUACAAAUGGCAUUUCAAAAAUAUUGUGUCCUUUAGAAUCGAUACAGUUACAGACAUUCAUUGCCUAAAGGUCAGCAUUGGUGCAGUGCACAGACAUUGGGAUUAUUUACAUGUGCUGAUGAUGUUAUUGCCUUGGAAGACUGAGAGUAUGGCAAGAAUUUUAAGUGUCCAUUACAUCUUAAAGAUGAGUCUUACUAAGUUGUGGGUUACAUAUGAGAUGCAAUGGAGGAAACAUAAAUUUAUAUGAAGGUUUAUUGUAGGUGAGAAUUAACUCUAGAACAUAUUGACAAGUAACAUAUGACAUGCAAUCUUGGCCUACUUAUCUGAUACACAGUACUGUUAGGCAGUAGUUUUCUUACCAGGUUCCUUUAAAUGUUUUCUUUUUAUGUUUCCCAGACUCUCAAGGUAAAUCACACUGCACUGAGUUGGACUACCAUUUCCCAUUAAGAGUGGGCAGUGUUGUUAGUUUACUGUGAUGAUGUGGGGAUGGUGUACAAUGCCUUGCAUUGCCAAAUGUAGUAACUCUUGUCACACCCAUUUCAGGCAGCAGUUCGCCCAUUUGGACAUUCCUCAGACAUGGCAUUGGAUGAUGACUAUUCAAUCAGUUACCCACAAAACGUAUUCUCUUCUGCCUCCACAUUGGGUUUCCUUUCACUUGAUUUACACCCAGCAGUUCAUCUUGCCCAUUCAUCCCCUCACACACACACAUUCUCAGCAGCCUUGACCUUGAUACAAAAAUAGGCCGUGUUGAUGAUAGUGAGUAACAAAGCUAAAGGCUCCAAGAAACUGACUGGAUUGGUCAGUUGGAUAGAAAAGCAACGAAAAGAAUUCAAAUGGAAAACUGGGAAAUAAAGUAUUUUAGGCUGGGAAAACAAGGCAAAAGAAUAUGCAAUAAAAGGUAGAAUACCAAGUAACAGAGGGACACUGGUGUGCAUAUCCACAUAUCCCUAAAUGCAGCAAGACAGGUGAUCAAGAUGUGGAAUAAUUUCCUUUACUGCCCAAAACAUGUAAGAGCAGGAAAGUUAUGCUAGAACUGUAUAAAACACUAAAAGCCAAAGUUAAAGUGACAGCAUUAAAUUCUGUUCAUGUCAUUUGCAUGAAUGACGUUAAAGCACCAGAAUGGGUAGAGAGAAUGUUGCUACUACUGGAGAGUUUUAGUUGUGAGGGCAGUUUGAAUUUUUUGAUUUUUAAGUUUUUUUUUCAGUUCGACAAUAUUUCUUCAGUUAUCAUUAUUUGGCAAAACUGAAUAUUUUAGUAACUGAAAAAACUUUAGGCAAACAUUUGAAAUUUUGUUUUCUAUAAUAAUUUGCAACUAAACUGGCAAUGAUAUGAAGUAACAUCCACAAAUUCAGUUAGCUAUUGCUGCCCAUAUUUUAACUCAUGUAUUUCCUCAACCCACCUUAGACAGAGACCUCCUGCAUGGAAACAAGUCAUUCAGCACCCCACAUACACCCUGACCAGUGGGCACCUGUCUGCACUAAUCCCAUUUCCCAGCUCUUAGGCCAUACCCCUCUGUGCUUAUGAGAUUCAAGUGCUCAUCUAGUGAGUUGUUAAAUGCUUUCAGCGACCACACUUCAACCACUGCGUUCCUGGUACUCACCACUCUCUGGGUGAAAAAUGUCUUCUCAUAUCCCCUCUGAAUCUCUUCUCCCUUAACCUAAAUCUAUGUCUUCUUGUUUUGCCUACCUUAGGUUACCCAGUCACAUCACUAUCAUUUUCUAACACAGGUCCACAAAUGUAAUUGGUUGAUAGUCUGUGCAUUUUAAAAGCUGGAUGCUUAAAGCAAAGUACAUGGUUUAGACAUUAUAUUUUUUUCCAAUACACAAACUUCAAUGGUGUAACAAAUAAAAAGCCAAUAUAAAUAAGCCUUCUUGGGUGCUUUUCAGUUAUUAUUGAUGGAAGACAAAAAAUUUCAAGCCCUGGUUAUGAGGAAAGAUUGGCUUGGUUGGAAGGUUUUCUUUUUAGAUCAGAGGACAUUGAAGAAAAAUUAUAUUGAAGUGCUUAAAAUUGUGAAAGUCUGUUCCCUCAGCAGGGAGGUGUAGAUUUAAUGUGAGGGAGUCUGUAAAAGGUACUCGAAGAAAAGUACUUUCACCCAGCGGGGAUGGGGAUCUGAAAUUCGCUGCCUGUAAGGCGUAUAGAGACAUAAAUCCUCAAUGUAUUGAAGAAAUGCUGAAUGACUAUUUGAAGCACUGUAAACUAGAGGGAUAUAUACUGAGAACAAGAGAAUAAGAUGAGCAGCCAGCACAGACACAAGGAUCUGAGUGUUCUCUCAUUUCUAUGAUUCUAUGGUGUAUAUAAAUUUAAUUUUUAAGGCCUGAGCAAUGGUGUAGACCCAUUAGGCCACAUGGCUCUCUCUGUGCUUCAUGUUCAUUGUGAUUCUAAGUUAAUUUUGGUUCAAAAACAUGACAUUAAAGUCCAUAAAACAAUAUGGAAAUCUCCCUGUCAUAUGUCUUUUCAAAGUUUGGUUAACUUUAUUGAUCUAAGAAUCUUUUAUCAGAGUUAUGAGAAAUUGUUUCAUUCAUUGAAAACUGUUGACCUUAAUUGGAGUCUGCACUAGAUAGAAAUGCACUGCUUAGAAACUGAAAAUAGCUCAAUUAAAAUUUCUUGAAUUAAAUUUAUCAUUUUAAUAUUAUUAUACUUUUUUGCAAAAGACCACCACUUUGUGAUCCUGAAUUUAGCAUUAUCUCAUUCAAAUAUUGAAUUGUAUGCCAGAGUGAAAACCCAUCUAACAAUCAUGCUAUCUGAAAGAGUAAUCAGAAUUGUUCUAUUGAACUGUUAUUUCCUAAUGGACUUGUAAACAUCUUCCUUCCAGUAAUUAAACUUGCAUUUCCAGCAUGGAGGUAUCCUAUGUGCAUUUGUUUCCAGUUAAUGUUCCCAAUAUUCCCAAAUUUUAAACAUGCUUGUGUCUUCAAGAAGUCUAAUCCAAGUAUAUUCUAAGGAUGGAUAUUGAUGUGGUAUCUGUCAGUUCCUUUACCUAAAUUAUUGCAAUAGAUUUAUUCAUAUAUUUAAAUAGCUGUCAAAGUGUAAGAAUUUGUGAAGAAAAUAAUAAUUUGUUACAUUGACAUGAAAGAUAAAAUAGACAAAGUGUUAGUCCUUUCUAUUCAGCAAUACUUUCUAAGCAUUAGAAAAUUACAUAGUGUGUUAGAAACAGAGAAAGUAGGAGUGUAGGCCAUUCGGCCCCUUGGACCUGCUGCACCAUUCAACAAUAUCAUGGUUGAUCAUCCACUUCAGGACCUGUUCCUGCCUUCUCUGGCAUUACGAAAAAUAUGAAUCACCUCCUUUAAUAUAUUUAAUGACUUACCUCCACUGCCUUCUGCGGUAGAAAAUUGCACAGGUUCACUGCCCUCUGGGUGAAGAACUUUCUCCUGAAUACAUUUCCAAAUGGCGCACUUUGUAUCCUGAGGCUGUGGCUCUCGGUUCUGAACUCUCCAGCAUCAGGAUCUAGCCUGUAUCUAGAACUCUCUGUAUCUAGCCCCCUUUUUGGAUCUAAAACAAUCCCUUUUUUUUCCUUAAUAAGCCAUGAUUAAGCCCUCUCCUAUGUUAUUGUUGUGCAAGGUAGGAAUGAAUUAUAGUUGUAAUUCAUAUACACAUUCAUUAAAUAUUAUCUAUUGGCUAUCCACCAUCAACCCAUUUAAUAAAGUUCACUUUGCAUGUCAGUGCCUAGCCUUUCAUCAGAAGAAUAUCUGUAUUUUGCUAUUUCUGUUCAUGAAAUGAACUCUGAUUGAGCAGGAUAUACCCAUACGUAACUUCUCAAUUUAUUUUAAGUGGAAUUUAUAAUGAACAUAGUAGCAAGCAUUUCCUAAUUUUUUGUUCUCUAAAGAUUUAUAAGUUUUACUUUCUUGAUCUUUUUGUCUAAUGUCCCAGUCUAUUCAGUUUGCUUAUUGUUUGGCUUUUCCUAUUUUUUUUUACAAUGAAACUUUAUUUAAUUCUAUAGUUCUGCACUGAAUAGUGACACAUGUGGAUAUUAUCCCCCAUUUGCUUUCUGUACUGACUGAGCCCUUUAUUUUGUUGAAUCAGUAUUAAGUAAGUUGUGCCAGCUCCAUAUUUUUGCCAAUUAAUCUGAAUGCCAGAUUAAUGCCAUCUGGCAUUUCAGCUGUAAAUCAGGCCAAAUAUGUGCAAGUAUGUUCAAGACAUACAGAAUAUAAUGUUACCAGAUUUACUGAAAAGCUAUGCACUCCUC